CUGGGCUCUGCCGAGCAGAGCUGUGCCUAAGUCUCUAGCCUGGAAUGAGAACAGAGCUGAGCAGAUUGCAGUCAGGUGGAGAGAGUCCGCGAAGAAGGCACACAGCUCAGCCAGCACGGCCAGCAGGCGCUGUUCAGACUGUGAGGACAGAUUGCAGAGCGCACCCUCGGUGACUGCAGGGUGACACACCGGUUCUGUCAUUGUCGGAUCCUGAGACAAAAGGGAAAAUGGCUUCCCAAGACCAAAAGGCCAUCACUCGCAGAGCCACGGUGGCUCCCACCAAGAGGAUGAGCAGGUUCCUGAAGCACUUCACAGUGGUUGGGGACGACUACCACACGUGGAACGUCAACUACAAGAAGUGGGAGAACGAAGAGGACGAGGAGGAGCCGGCCCCCACAUCGGCCCAAGGCGAAGGCGGUGCCGUGGGGGCAGAUGCCGAGGCUGGCCCCAGCCCCACACCCAGGCCGACCCUGGACUUUAGGAACAGGCUGAGGAAACUCUUCAGCUUGCACAGGUUUCAGGUUGUCAUCAUCUGCCUGGUGAUCCUGGACGCCCUCCUGGUACUUGCUGAGCUCCUUCUGGAUCUCAAGAUCAUUGAGCCAGAUAAGAAAGACUACGCGGUCAAGGCGUUCCACUACAUGAGCUUUGCCAUCCUGGUCUUCUUCAUGCUGGAGAUUUUCUUUAAAAUCUUUGUCUUCCGCUUGGAGUUCUUCCACCAUAAGUUUGAGAUCCUGGAUACCAUUGUGGUGGUGGUGUCCUUCGUCCUCGACCUCGUCCUCCUGUUUAAGAAGCACCAGUUUGAAGCUCUUGGCCUGCUGAUCCUGCUGCGGCUCUGGCGGGUGGCCCGGAUCAUCAAUGGCAUCAUCAUCUCAGUGAAGACACGCUCAGAACGGCAGAUCUUAAGGUUAAAGCAGAUAAACAUUCAGCUGGCCACCAAGAUCCAGCACCUGGAAUUCAGCUGCUCUGAGAAGGUGAGACUUAGGGGACCGGUUCCACGGCUGUCCCCUCCAGCCCAUUACUGCCCAUGCUCCUAUAGCCUAUAGCUCUGCCUGUUGCUCCCUCUUCCUGGUCUUUCUGGCUUAAGCAUGGAGCCGGGCCCAGUCCCUCCUCUGGGCAUCUUGUUCCUGUCAUCACUGCUUAGGGCCCUUCCUGGGAACUGCUCCCCUCAGCAGCCGGAAUGCCACAGACUGUGGCUCUUAGCUGUCUGUAGCCCCAGGCCUGCAGGAAUGUGGCUCAGAGCUCAUUGCCCAGUGUCUGUCUGCUUUCACCACAGGAACAAGAAAUUGAGAGACUCAACAAGCUGUUGAGACAGAAUGGACUUCUUGGGGAUGGGAACUAGCCUUCCAGAAGCUCUACCCUAGAGAAGCUGGGUGGUGGCCAGAGAGCAACUGUGUGCUGCCAAGUCCAGUUCUCAUCUUUGCCUUGGCUUGCGCUCCCUGGAUGCUGGGGACACAUCUUUGUCAGCUCUGCUGCCUCUUUGGUGUGACCCAGAGCCACCUGUCCACGCCCUCCUCCUGCAGCAAAGGAAUCAUAACCACCUGUUCUCAGCCGAACUCUGCUGUUGCUUGAAAAUGGACAGGAAGCUGGGCUUGAAAAACUUAACGCCAUCGCUCCUCUGUGUGUAGGGGACCAGCACAUCCUGAGGACAGAAGCUGGCACCUUGCACCAGCCCAUUCUAGAAAACCUUUCUUAUCUCCUGCUGCACCCCUGGGGGAGCCAUCCUGGUGCCCAGCCCCUCCUGGGCAGCACCCAGCUGUACCAUCAGCUUCAAACUGGCUCUGCACCCACCACAUCUCUCUCAAUUACUGUGCAAUUAAUGUAUAAAAUAAGCGCUCUUCUUCCCCUGGGCCCGCCUACCACAUUCUCUCCUUGGUGGCAGCCCACACCAGCCCACCAGUUAUAGAGCUAGCUCACUGCGGGGGGGGGGGGUGCCAGUCUGCCCUGUAAUUAGCAUCAUAUUGGGGUACAUUGCCCUGUGGGCACACAUUUUUACACAGCCUCUUGCUCGUUUGUACUUCUCAGAAUGCUGAUGGGCAUUUUGAAAACAGAUCCUGACAGAUAGGGGAUAAUACACUGUGGAGGCCUGUGAUCUGUGUGUGCAGGGUGCUGGAACCCUGACCUGACCCCCUCGCCCAGCAGAGUUUAAGGUUCCUGGGAGGAAAAGGAGGUGGAGAGGGCAGAGUGCUGGUUUAAGGGUAAUGAGCAACUGGGUUGGUGUCCACCAGAGCCUUGGGCUUGGGUGCCCACUGCUGCAGAGGAAGACCGUCAGGGUGGGUACUCACUCCUACGGGUUCA